CCUGGGAUUGUUUUUUUGUCUUGGGAAUGGGGUUUUUUCUCACAGUCAGUGAGGUUUUGUAGAGAAGUAGCACCUGGGGUUGAGUCAUUUCCCAGUUUCUUCCCUCUCCCAUGGGCAGGUGUCUCCUUGGCCGUGCUGGAGGUGCAUGUGGGGACGAGCCUGGUGUUCUCCGUGGAGGGGCAGCAGGCGGUGCUGCCUGCCUGGUACACCAGCCACUCCCGGAACAAGCCCUACAUCACCUGGAUGCUGAACAAGAAUGCAGGUCCCUUCCAGAUCCUGUCAUACCUGGGCGGGGUGGUGAAGGUGGAGGAGACGGAUCUAAAGACCCGCAUGGGGUUCCUGUACCCCAUCCUCACCCACAACAUCUCAGUGUUCAUCAACGCCACCCGGGAGCAAGACUCAGGCCAGUACAUGUGCUCCGUCAACGUGGUGGAUGACACCAUCAGGUUGGACAAGAACGUCGGCAUCAUCAACCUCACCGUCCUUGUGCCACCGGCUGCCCCCACCUGCCAACUGCACGGCAGCGCCAUCGUGGGGGCCAACGUGACCUUGAGCUGCUCCUCCAAGAAGGGGAAGCCCUCGCCCAUGUACCAGUGGCAGCGUGAGCCGCCCACCCUGCAGGUCUUCUUUCCCCCUGCCCAGGACCGGGCCAGGGGCACCCUCAAGUUGACCAACCUCUCCCUGGAAAUGUCGGGGGUCUACGUCUGCAGGGCUGAAAACCAAGCAGGUUCUAAGAACUGCAGCAUUGUCCUGGAGGUACACUCAACAAGCACCAAAGCAGUCAUAGCCGGCGCUGUGCUGGGUUCCCUGGGUGCCCUUGCCACCAUCAUCUUCUUUGCCCAGAAGGUUGUCGGCUACAGGAGGAAAAAACGUGACAGCCAGGAGGAGGGAGCCAACGAGAUCAAGGAAGACGCCGUGGCACCCAAAACCCCGUCAUGGGCAAGGAGACCAGCUUCAGACACCAUGUCCAAAACCAGCACCCUGUCCUCCAUCGCCGGCACCCGGCAACCCUACGGAGCCAGAGCCCCCUCCGACACCGCCUCCAUCCUCACCACCACCGGCAGCUACCGGGGACCCCCGCCCCGGGGAGGAGGGCGGCCCCCCAACCUCUCACCCCCCGCCGUUAAUGGGACCCCCCGGCGCCGCCAGGAUCCAGCCGCCGCUCCCGUGGGGUCAUUGCCUCCCUCCAGCCUGGCACGAGCAGGUGCCGUUCCUGUCAUGGUGCCAGCGCAGAGCCGAGCUGGCUCCUUGGUGUGAGCACCUCCCCCAAAAAAACAGGGGUGUCCAUAGCCAGCUCACCCCACUCCCUGUUCCUGGGGUGGUUUUGUCCCUUUUUGGGUUUUCUUUUCUUUUCAACAGAUGCCUCGAGCAGCUGGA